AUGUCACUGGGCCGCAGCAGCAACACCAGCAGCAGCAGCAGCAGCAGCAGCAGUGUGGCAGCGCGGGGCGACCCUCCAGCGGCAGCACCAAGACACGACUGGCCGCCGCCCCUGAGGCCCGGCGGGCGGCGGGCGGCAGGGCAGGGCAGGGGCAGGUCACCAGGCCGGGGUGGGUCACGGCAGGCAGGACCCGGGCAGGCUGGCGGGGCUGGCGUGGGCGGUGGCGGCGGUGGCGGCGGCACGCAGGUGUGUCGCGGAGGCUCAGGUAAACUCAGGCUGGUGAAAGUAAGUGCCAAUACCAAGCAGGCAGCAGAAGACCCUACGAACAGCAGGAGCCUUGAGGAUGCCUGA